CUGCUCGUGGCAACACGUAACGAUCAGUACGAGCGCGUGAAACUCAAAUUUUUGGCAAGAUCGAACUUCUAAACGAUACAGACAACAGUCCGAAUAUUUUAUUUACAGGUUAUGUUCUAUUCUUCGAAAACAUCUGUACACCACAGCGUCAUCAACUAUUUCUACCGAGGACACGCGACACAUGCACACAGGUAGUAGUCCAAGAUAACUGUUUUUCGAUAUGCAAUGCGAGAGUUUAUAUCUAUAGAUGUUCGUUUAUCGACAUGCUCACGCCAUUGAGAUGUCCGUCUGUUUCUCCUUUCUUAACCAACGAUCGAUCGUUCAAUUACCGACGAUUAGAACACUUUUCUAUCCCACUUCGACUACCAACAGUUACCAACGAAAAUGAAAGCUCUUUCUCAUGUUGUAAUAUUUAAUGGCUGACUCGCAGCGCCAAGCUCGUGUUUCGAUAUAACCUAUCGAUAUCGUUGCUUUGUUUUUGGCGGUUAGUCCGAACGUUGUAACGCUUCUUUUUUUGAGGUUAGGUAUCCUACGUUUCGCACGUCAGUCUUAACAAAAUGAAAUCAGAAGAAAAUGGUACUGACCCGGCGGAAAAUACUCCAAUUACCUGCAGAGGUGAUUUAACUCCGUAUUUUAUGGCUUGGGAUCAUAGCAUUAACAAAGUUCACUUAUCGAAGGUGCCACAAAUCUGCAAAGAUGAGCCUUGUCAAUUAGGUAUUGACGAAGCUGGACGUGGACCAGUUCUUGGACCCAUGGUUUAUGGGAUCUCUUAUGCCCCAUUGUCCAACAAAGAGCUCCUAGUAGAUCUAGGCUGUGCUGAUUCGAAAAGCUUAACAGAGGAGAAAAGAGACGUGAUUUUCGAUGAAAUUUGCAACAACGAAGGAGCCAUGGGUUGGGCUGUGGAUGUCAUAUCACCUAAUACUAUAUCGAACAGCAUGAACAGACGCAGCAAAACAUCUCUGAACGAAGUAUCCAUGGUUUCAGCGAUCGAGUUGGCUAAAAGGGUAAUCGAGGCUGGAGCACAGAUCACAGAGAUCUAUGUGGACACAGUGGGCAAGCCAGAAAAGUAUCAGGCUAGACUGGAGCAAAUUUUCCCUGGCCUGAAGAUAGUUGUAGCUAAAAAGGCUGACUCCACUUAUCCUAUUGUAAGCGCAGCCAGUAUCUGUGCCAAGGUUUCCCGUGAUCACGCUAUAAGGGCAUGGCAGUUCCUCGAGGGGGACAUUAAAACAGAAUACGGGAGUGGGUAUCCGAACGAUCCGGAAACAAAGAAGUGGCUCUCUGAAAAUGUAGAUCCUGUGUUUGGGUUUCCACAAAUAGUCAGGUUCAGCUGGUCCACCGCAGAGAAGAUCUUAGAGUCGCAAGCUUUGUCUGUCGAAUGGGAAGAGGUGGAGGAUGCAACGACACCGGGGGAGCAAAAGAUUUCAAACUUCUUCGCCAGAUCACCGGCAAGAUCAUGCCUACCACAGAAGAAACGUCACCCGUUCUUCACAGAGAGAUGUCUCUUCAGUACCUCUACCUUAUGAUGGUUACGGAUCAAUUAAAACAUAAAAUGGAACACUCUGAACACACACGGUUCCCGUCACUUAUUUGUCGACGUAGUCGUCGGGUUUAUUUUACCAGAACGUUAAGUUAAAGAUAAAAGCCGAAUCGAUUUAUGUACAUAUGUACAGAUUGUAUGUCCUUACGCUUAAAUCGUACACAGAGUGUCAGUACGAGCAGCGAUGACUCUCUACAACACUCUAUGCCUCUCGCUGCGGUUAAGUAACAAUUAGGAAUGUGAUAGCGCGGAUGUUCUUUGGUUAAACACAACACGCCACAUGCUCGCGCGCGCGUACACACACAGCUCACGAUAACUCUAGGAUAUAACGUAUCAUUGCUGCCGAUUAAUAGCGACUAGAUUGAUAAAAGCUACGACGUGAGAGACCGUUCGCCUCUCACUGGGCUGAAUCUUCCUUGUUCACUGGCGACUGGACGAUAGAAACACUCGUGUACAAUUCGAUUAUAAAUACGUUUGGGCAUUCACUCAUUGUCACGCUCUCUUGCACUCACACAGGCAUCGCGAUGAUUAUCAAUUCAUCCGCCAACGGGCUACCGGCUCCAUUUUGAUAUACACAAAUUCUUACGCUUCGAAAUCAUCGUUUACAUUUGUGACGGUUUACCAUGAUAAAUUAUAAACAAUUUCUAACGAUUAAGAUUGACUGCUAUUCUAAUUACACACUCGAGUUCUACGUGUUCACUAUUGACCCUCUGCACUCGAGAGGUGACUUAGUCAUUGAUUUGAUACAGCAAAACUAUGAAGUUGAAUGUUUACUAUUUUAUAUAAAACUUUGUAUUGCUAUGUGAAACAUUUCAAUAAAAUAGCUUUAUUGC